GUCCUCCCAAGAAAGACUUCAUUGGAUCCACGCUCAAGAGGACUCUGCCAGGUUUUCCUGACCCCUCUACAUCGCUAUAAAGUGCCAAGGCCUUAAGACUUGGUCACUGUAUAUAUGCCUUGUUUCCUGGGUCCACGGGAAGCAUGAGCCUGUUGGGACUUGGGACAAGAAGAAAACAAGACAUCUGCACAAGGAAAACCAGACACUAACAAAAAGUAUCCCAAAGUCUGAAGAGAUAAAACGCAAACAUGACUGACAGAGGACUUAGGGAUCCUCCAGAGGACCCUCAAAAGGAUUUGGAAAAUGAUCCAUCAAUAAAUUGUCAGGCACAGGAGACUACAGUGACAGCAAGUCCCACUGAAGAAGCUCAGACCCCAAACCCUGCCUCUGGUCUUAACAAAGACCACCAAGAGGUAGCAUCAGUUGGUCCAGGAAGUACAGAUACAGAUGAUCAAUCAGAAAGUCCAGAUGAAACAGAUGAUAGGAAAUAUCCAAAGGAUACAGAAGGUGAGAACAGCCAGAGUUUCCAGGGUGGAGAACAAGGGCAUCCGCUCCCUUCAGAAAGUCUGGGUGAAGACCUCUUGGAUCCAGAACCCAACUGUUCUCCAAGUGACAAGGUGGGAAGAACAGACGCACACUUAGUGAGCAGCUCUGCAGCCCUCCCUGAGCAUGUGAGCGACAGACCCGGAGCUUUGCAGGAGCCACCUGUCCUUGACCCUCAGGAUACCCAGAGUCCUGGGCAUUCCAGUGCAGGGCUGGAGAGCCAGGACACACUGAGGAAGCGACUGCCGGCACCAGAGGUUGAGAGACAUCAACAAGAAACACAAAAAUUGGAAGGAAACAAGGAGAAUGUACAGGAUACCAUAAGGAAGAUUAAUAAAAAGGAUUUUCGGAGCUAUGGCUCCAUCUUUCUUGGCUUCCUGGUUCUGAUUCUUGUUUUGCUAAGUUCUGUUAGUAGCUAUUAUUCCUGUCCGGCCCAGCAAGUGCCCAAAAAUCCAGCUUUGGAGGCCUUCUUGGUUCAUUUCAGCCAUUUGAAGGAUAAAUUUCCAGGCCAGAGUUCCUUUCUGUGGCAGAGAGGACGUAAGUUUCUCCAGAAGCACCUCAAUGCUUCACACCCCACUGAGCCAGCCACCAUCAUAUUUACAGCAGCUCAAGAGGGAAGAGAGACCCUGAAGUGCCUCAGCCACCACGUUGCGGAUGCCUACACAUCUGCCCAGAAAGUCUCUGCCAUUCAGAUUGAUGGAGCUGGAAAAACCUUUCAGGACAGUGAUAAGGUCAAGGAGUCAGUUGACAAGAAGCUGAGCUCUGGAUUUGAGAAGGGCCAGAAGGCUGCUGUGGUCCACCGCUUUGAAUCCCUUCCUGCAGGCUCCACCUUGAUCUUCUACAAGUAUUGUGACCAUGAGAACGCUGCCUUUAAAGAUGUGGCCCUGGUCCUGACCAUCCUACUGGAGGAGGAAACAUUAGAAGCAAGUGUCAGCCCAAGGGAAACUGAAGAGAAAGUGCGAGAUUUACUUUGGGCGAGGUUUACCAACUCUAACACUCCCAGCUCCUUCCGCCACAUGGAUUCAGACAAACUGAGUGGACUGUGGAGCCGUAUUUCCCACCUGGUGCUGCCUGUCCAGCCAGUGAGGAGCAUAGAAGAACAGGGCUGCUUUCUAUAAGCUAAGCACAGAGUUGGUUAUGUUCAGCAUGGGUUUAUUAAAAAGUCAGUUUAAAAGCCUUCCAUUUAUAUGGAAGGAGGUUGACGAAUGUGAGGAAAUAGCCUGGAAAGCACAAA